AUGUACCUAUAUGGCUGCAAAGAACAUGCCACAGUCUUCUGGCAGUCUUCGAUGUUUGUCAUGGUCCACACAAGUUUUAAAAUGAAGAUGCAAGUGCAAGUUUCUCCUGAAGUUCAAAUCUACUUGUAUCUUCUAAAAAAUGAACCAACCAAAGGUCUUUGUGGAUCAUACAACCACAACACAGAAGAUGACUUCACUGCAAGCAGUGGUAUUGUGGAAAACUUACCUAAGCUUUUUGCUCUAUCUUGGGCGGUGGGGACCUGCACGCCAAAUAUUCCCCCUCUUUGCGUCAACAUGGACAACGAGAAAUAUGCCAUAGAUAAAUGCAGCCAUCUGAAAAACAUGAGUGGCGUGUUUGCCCUGUGCCAUGACUAUGUGCCUGUUGCCUUCUAUUUUGAAACCUGUGUUCAGAGAACCUGCCAGUCAGCUACUGACCUAUGGAAGAGUGCAUGUGUUGGCCUGGGAAACUACGCUAAAGCCUGUGCUAGCCAGGGUGUCUACAUUGGUGACUGGAGAGCAGAAACGGACUGCCCUAAAUCCUGCCCUGAGAAUCUGAUAUUUGAUUAUGCUAUGCAGCCUAUUAACUGCAUCAGUGGAUGUUACUGUCCAGAGGGCCAGUAUGCCGACCAUAAUGGCCACUGUGUGACCAAGGAGAAGUGCACAUGUAAAUUCAGUGAGAGGGUUUAUGCAUCUGGGCAGACUGUGGAGUCAAACUGUAAAUUAUGCACGUGCGAAGGGGGCCAAUGGAGCUGUAAAGGUGAUCCAUGUCCAGGAGUGUGUGAAGUCUUUGGCAAUGGACAAUAUAAGACCUUUGAUUCCAAAAGGUAUCGUUUUAAUGGCCACUGUCAGUACACUCUGGUUGAGGAUGCUCAAAGCUCAAAGCUGUUUUCUAUUAAAGCGGAGAGUGUGCCUUGCUGUGAUGAAGCUCUAACCUGUUCCCGUGCCAUCUCAGUGAAUCUUAAAGAUGAAAACCACAAUGAAGAAGUGACUCUAAUUCUGCGUGAUAUGAAAGUAACGACAAUAUCUAAUGGCAUAAUCUAUGCUCAGCAACUGUACUCUAUCCACACCGUGGGUCUGUAUAUCAUUAUCUCUGCGAAUAGCCUGGGUCUCAAUGUGAUUUGGGACAAGCAAACCAGAGUCAAAAUUGAGUUGCAGACCAGUUGGAUUGGCAACGUGACAGGACUGUGUGGUGACUUUAAUGGAGAAUUAAUAAAUGACUUGAUGACGAGCAGUUCCACUGUAGUGUCCAGUUCACUGGAGUUUGGGAACAGUUGGAAGACAGCCGUGCCUCCCUGUUCAGAUGUGACUAAAGAAUUAUUUCCUUGUGAACACCAUUCAUACUGCUAUGCCUGGGCACAGAAACGCUGCAUGAUCCUACACAGUGACACAUUUAAAGACUGCCACCUAAAGGUUGAUCCAGAACCUUACUACCAAGCCUGUAUUCUGGAGUCAUGCUCAUGUGAUUUUGAGGGCAAGUUCCUGGGAUUCUGCACAGCAGUGGCAGCAUAUGCUGAUUCCUGCGCAACUCAAAAUAUCUGUAUUAAAUGGAGAACCCCAGACCUUUGCCCGGUCUAUUGUGACUUCUACAAUGAAGUAGGCGAGUGCAGCUGGCAUUAUGAAGCAUGUCCUCAUCAAUAUAAGACUUGUGGGAAAAACAUAUUCUCUGGAAGGCUUGAAGGUUGUUACCCACGAUGCCCUGCUGAGAUGCCAUAUUAUAAUGAGGACAUAAAAAAGUGUGUGCAGACUUGCCCUCCAGUUGAUGAAAUCAUAAGUACAACAACUCCAGAACCCACAACUACAACUAUGAAAACCACAACCACAGAAAUCACUACUACAACUCCAGAAACCACAACCACAGAAAUCACUACUACAACUCCAGAAACCACAACUACAGCUAUAGAUACCACAACCACAGUAAUUACUACUACAACUCCAGAAACCACCACUACAACUCCAGAAACCACAACCACAGAAAUCACUACUACAACUCCAGAAACCACAACCACAGAAAUCACCACUACAACUCCAGAAACCACAACUACAGCUAUAGAUACCACAACCACAGAAAUCACUACUACAACUUCAGGAACCACAACCACAGAAAUCACUACUACAACUCCAGAAACCACAACUACAGCUAUAGAUACCACAACCACAGAAAUCACUACUACAACUUCAGACACCACAACUACAGCUAUAGAUACCACAACCACAGAAAUCACUACUACAACUCCAGAAACCACAACUACAACUCCGGAAACCACAACCACAGAAAUCACUACUACAACUCCAGAAACCACAACCACAGAAAUCACUACUACAACUCCAGAAACCACAACUACAGCUAUAGAUACCACAACCACAGAAAUCACUACUACAACUUCAGAAACCACAACUACAACUAUGGAAACCACAACCACGGAAAUCACUACUACAACUCCAGAAACCACAACUACAACUCCGGAAACCACAACCACAGAAAUCACUACCACAACUACAGCUAUAGAUACCACAACCACAGAAAUCACUACUACAACUCCAGGAACCACAACCACAGAAAUCACUACUACAACUCCAGAAACCACAACUACAACUAUGGAAACCACAACCACGGAAAUCACUACUACAACUCCAAAAACCACAACUACAACUCCGGAAACCACAACCACAGAAAUCACUACCACAACUACAGCUAUAGAUACCACAACCACAGAAAUCACUACUACAACUCCAGGAACCACAACCACAGAAAUCACUACUACAACUCCAGAAACCACAACUACAGCUAUAGAUACCACAACCACAGAAAUCACUACUACAACUUCAGAAACCACAACUACAACUAUGGAAACCACAACCACGGAAAUCACUACUACAACUCCAGAAACCACAACUACAACUCCGGAAACCACAACCACAGAAAUCACUACUACAACUCCAGAAACCACAACCACAGAAAUCACUACUACAACUCCAGAAACCACAACUACAGCUAUAGAUACCACAACCACAGAAAUCACUACUACAACUCCAGAAACCACAACCACAGAAAUCACUACUACAACUCCAGAAACCACAACUACAGCUAUAGAUACCACAACCACAGAAAUCACUACUACAACUCCAGGAACCACAACCACAGAAAUCACUACUACAACUCCAGAAACCACAACUACAACUAUGGAAACCACAACCACGGAAAUCACUACUACAACUCCAGAAACCACAACUACAACUCCGGAAACCACAACCACAGAAAUCACUACCACAACUACAGCUAUAGAUACCACAACCACAGAAAUCACUACUACAACUCCAGGAACCACAACCACAGAAAUCACUACUACAACUCCAGAAACCACAACUACAGCUAUAGAUACCACAACCACAGAAAUCACUACUACAACUUCAGAAACCACAACUACAACUAUGGAAACCACAACCACGGAAAUCACUACUACAACUCCAGAAACCACAACUACAACUCCGGAAACCACAACCACAGAAAUCACUACUACAACUCCAGAAACCACAACCACAGAAAUCACUACUACAACUCCAGAAACCACAACUACAGCUAUAGAUACCACAACCACAGAAAUCACUACUACAACUCUAGAAACCACAACUACAACUCCGGGAACCACAACCACAGAAAUCACUACUACAACUCCAGAAACCACAACCACAGAAAUCACUACUACAACUCCAGAAACCACAACUACAGCUAUAGAUACCACAACCACAGAAAUCACUACUACAACUCCAGAAACCACAACUACAACUCUGGAAACCACAACCACAGAAAUCACUACUACAACUCCAGAAACCACAACCACAGAAAUCACUACUACAACUCCAGAAACCACAACCACAGAAAUCACUACUACAACUCCAGAAACCACAACUACAACUCUGGAAACCACAACCACAGAAAUCACUACUACAACUCCAGAGACCACAACCACAGAAAUCACUACUACAACUCCAGAAACCACAACCACAGAAAUCACUACUACAACUCCAGAAACCACAACUACAGCUAUAGAUACCACAACCACAGAAAUCACUACUACAACUCCAGAAACCACAACUACAACUCCGGAAACCACAACCACAGAAAUCACUACUACAACUCCAGAAACCACAACCACAAAAAUCACUACUACAACUCCAGAAACCACAACUACAGCUAUAGAUACCACAACCACAGAAAUCACUCCUACAACUCCAGAAACCACAACUACAACUAUGGAAACCACAACCACAGAAAUCACUACUACAACUUCAGAAACCACAACCACAGAAGUCACUACUACAACUCCAGGAACCACAACUACUGAAAUCACUACUACAACCAUAACUAAAACUCCUAAAACCACAACACCCAUAACUACCAAUUUUUCCAUAAUAACUGGGCCAACCCCCAGUCCACAUCCUCAAGUGGUUAACACAACAGUGGCAACUAAAGCUUCAAGUCAACCAGUGUGCCCCAGGAACACUCACAAGCUAAUAAAAGACAAAGAAGGCUGUUGUGACAUCUGGGCGUGUGACUGUCAGUGUGAUGUCUAUGGAGACCCACAUUAUACUACCUUCGAAGGAACUGAAUUUAAUUUCCUAGAAAACUGUACAUAUACCCUAGUGGAAGAAAAUACUUCACGUCACAAUUUUAAAAUCAGUGUUGACAAUUAUUACUGUGAACCAUUUGCAUCUUGUGUCAAGGGCAUCAUUCUAAAGUACAAAAACAACACAGCCACCCUUCAAGUUAUUCAAGGUUCCACAGUAACAGUUACUUUGAAUCAAGUAACAAUACAGCCACCAUAUCAAGCGGAUGGACUUAGGUUUGAGACUAAAGGUGUAAAGGUUUAUAUUUACAUUGAUGAGAUUCGCUCAUAUAUCUUUCUCAGUAUAUGGAACACACUGAAGAUCAAUCUGGCAAUGGAGCACUUCUUACAUAACACAAAGGGACAGUGUGGCGUUUGUGGGGGUGGCUCAUGUUUGCGUAAGAAUGGUAAAAUUGAGAGUGAAAACUGCUGUGAUAAGACUGCAUAUGAGUGGAUAGAGGAUGAUGUAAAGAAACCACACUGUCAGCAAGUACCCAAGGACGUCCCCUGUUCUCCACCACGUCCAAAACCAACACCAUGCCCAGCUCCUCACUGCGAGGUCCUCAAACAUAAGUAA